AGUUAGUUUAAAUACGUUUGUUUUCCAUCAGUGAAGAGUGGUUUCUUCCAUGGUACAAAGGACCGUACUCAAGGUUGAUCUUUCAUGUAAAAAAUGCAAGAAGCAGCUCCUCAAAGCAGUUUCUGCACUCCAAGGUGUAGAUAAAAUUGAAGCUGAUGCAGCUAAGGGGACACUCACUGUAACAGGUAAUGCAGAUCCAUAUGAAAUUAUAGUCCGUACAAGAAAAACCGGAAAAUUUGUAGAGGUAGUGAGUAUUGGGCCUCCUCCACCUCCACCUAAACAAGAUGGGCCAAAGAAGCCCGAACAAAAGGCCCCCAUCCAUCUCUACUACCCCUACAGCUGCCCUUUAUGUGACCGAAUGACUGUUGUCCAUGUAGAUCGCUGCCAGGAUCCCACCACCGGAUGUUCUAUUUUGUGACUUCUAUGUUAUUACCCU